AUCAUGCAUUGGUGGCAGCUGCCAUUUUCGUCUUCCACCAUCGCCAAAUUGCGGCAAAACGACGUCGAUUCCGAUAGCUCUUCUCAGCCGCUGCCCCUGCCUGAACUGCUUCCGCCUGAGCCUAAAGCCGUCCCCUCCGCCGUGCCCCUUCCGUCGCCGCCCCGGUGCCGGAGCCUCAGCCGCAAUGAGGAGAGAGAUCACCACCUAAAAAGAUCAAGUGUAGAACACCCUGAAUUUCGGCUAUCGAGAAAGUCAGCUGUUAAACAAGAGAGCCGUCGCAGUAGUGCUCCAACUAGUCCUGUAUGCAGUCCCUCACCAUACUGUCACAGGAUACCCCCGGCUAUUUUCCGUGCUCGGUCCGAGCCAAGGAAUCCCCAUUCCAAUGGAAAUACAGGGCUAAGUUGUAGUUAUCAAAUGCCUUUUGAUAAAAUAUCUGGUUCAAGUGUUGAGGUCCCUCCUCUUAUAACUCGUUCCCACUCCCAUGUCGAAAGUGCAGCCGAGGCCGGAUUAACAGAAGCUUCCAAGAUAUCGUUGGAGUGGAGGGAAAGUUUUUGUCAUGCCAAUGUACAUACUCUGCCUCUCCCUCCAGGCACUCCACUAUCCUCAACAUCUCAUCUUUCAGGAGCUAAACAGCCCUCUCCUAUUAGAUCUCAAUGGCAGAAAGGGAAGCUCAUUGGGAGGGGUACAUUUGGAAGUGUGUAUGUUGGUUCCAACAGGGAGACUGGAGCUUUAUGUGCAAUGAAGGAGGUUGAGAUUUUACCAGAGGAUGUCAAAUCUCAAGAAAGCAUCAGGCAGCUACAGCAGGAAAUUAAGGUUCUGAGCAAGCUAAAGCAUCCAAACAUUGUGCAGUAUUAUGGCAGUGAAAUUGUUGGAGACAAGUUUUAUAUAUACCUGGAAUAUGUUCAUCCUGGCUCAAUCAAUAAAUUCAUCCAUGACCAUAGUGCAGCUAUUACGGAAUCUGUAGUUCGCAAUUUCACACGUCAUAUUCUAUGUGGGUUGGCUUAUUUGCAUAGCACAAAAACCAUACACAGGGACAUCAAGGGUGCAAAUUUACUUGUAGAUGCACAUGGUGUUGUCAAGCUUGCUGACUUUGGGAUGGCUAAACAUCUAAAUGGGGAAGCGGUAAAUCUAUCGUUGAAGGGUAGUCCAUAUUGGCUGGCUCCAGAGCUUUUGCAGUGUGUGGUGCCGAGUGCUGAUCUUGGUUUAGCAAUAGAUAUAUGGAGUUUGGGAUGUACCAUAAUUCAAAUGAUCAACGGAAAGCCCCCAUGGAGCGACUACGAAGGGGCUGCAGCAUUGUUCAAGGUUUUGAAGGAGAGUCCACCCAUACCUGAAAUGCUGUCGGCAGAGGGCAAAGAUUUCCUGCAGUGCUGCUUCCGCCGAAAUCCUGCUGAUAGACCUGCGGCUAGCAAGUUACUAGAACAUCCAUUUGUGGAUUGUAGCCGCAUCAGUUCCACUCACUUAAACUGAUCAAGUUAAUGGUGUAAUGCAAUGUCCAAUCUCUUUUGGUGCUAGUGCUGAUAAGUUUGGUAUUCCUUUUGCUAACUCAAAAAGCUAAACAUUUUCUUCCCACAUGAUUACUGAUGUCAGUUUGGUAUUCCUCUUGGCUGCAACACACUCUAGUUUAUCAGCUCUAUAUGUAAAUCCAUUUAAUUUGCAGCCUCUAGUCUAGUGUUAAUGAUGUAAUCUCAUUUAUGUAGACAUUUUUUGGCUAGUUUUCCCAUCAUAUGCCUUUGGAGUUUUGUUAA